AUGGGUUGCAUUCAAGUCAAAUGCUGCAGGACUUGCUCGCCGACGACGGACGGCGACAACGAGGAUGAGAAACCGGGCGUCUAUCCCGGACUGAACAACGCCCACGGGCCCUCCGAAAACGUAUCCCUAGACGCCGUCUACGUCCCGUCCCACAAUUUCCGGCUGUCAUACGCCGCCCUCAGCCGCCGCGGCUACUACCCCGAAACCCCCGACAAGGAGAAUCAGGACAGCUACUGCGUGAAGACCGCCGUUCAGGGCAACCCUAACACCCAUUUCUUUGGGAUUUUCGACGGGCACGGCCUGUGUGGGGCGCAGUGCUCGUCUUUCGUCAAGGACAGGCUUAUCGAGAUACUCUCUGAGGACCCGUCCUUGCCUGAGGACCCCAUCACAGCCUACAGCUCUGCCUUUCUGUCGACCAACGACCAACUCCACACUAGCGAGGUUGAUGACUCCAUGAGUGGGACGACUGCAAUUACAGCCCUCGUGAUUGGGAACAAACUGUACGUGGCCAAUGUGGGGGAUUCGCGGGCCGUGCUUGGGAUCAGGGAAGGGGACAGAGUUCUUGCCCAGGACCUGUCUUGCGAUCAGACCCCGUUCAGGAAGGAUGAGUGUGAGAGGGUGAAGCUGUGUGGGGCAAGGGUUUUGAGCGUGGACCAGGUGGAGGGGAUUAAGGACCCCGGGAUACAGUCGUGGGGGGAUGAGGAGACCGAUGGGUUGGACCCACCAAGGCUGUGGGUUCAGGAUGGGAUGUACCCAGGGACGGCCUUCACCAGGAGUGUCGGGGACAGCAUGGCGGAGAAGAUUGGGGUGGUUGCAGAUCCCGAGGUGUCGACCGUCACUCUUACACCCGAGCAUCCAUUUUUCGUGGUCGCCAGUGAUGGGGUUUUCGAGUUUCUAUCCAGCCAGACAGUUGUGGACAUGGUCAAUAAAUAUGCUGAUCCCAGGGAAGCUUGUUCUGCCAUAGCUGAUAAAUCAUACAAAUUGUGGUUAGAACAUGAGAAUCGGACAGAUGAUAUAACGAUUAUCAUUGUCCACAUUAAAGACUUGAACAUUGUAUAA